CGCCGAACCAACGGGUCACGUAUGAGCGUACAGAGGUAUGAGUGUGCAGAGGUUCCGCCGCGGUGCGAAAAGUAGGGAUGCCGGUGUUCUCCAAGCAUAAAAGGUCCAUGGUCCGUGUAUGUCAGUGUCAGUGAGAAAGAGAGAGAGAGUGUGUGGAACGACGGAGAACUGUGUGGUUACCUAGAUCAGCGACGGCGAGUCACCGCCGAUGCCACAUCGACUCGCGAUAUUGAAUUGAAAACAUCGUCGGUCGCGUACGCGGAUUUUAAUGUCGUCUUGAUCGUACUUUUGACUGAAAGAAAAGAUAGAGGGAGAGAGAGAGUGAAGGAAGGAGAGGGAGUUCGCAUCCAAGCGAGAGCGAGAAGCACGCAAGCAAGAAGCUCGUAUUUGAUGCGAGAAAGUUCCGAGAAGAAACGAGUUUGUAAACGAGGCCGGUCACAGCGGAGCUUCAGUUCUCGAUGAGCGAUACACGCGAGCGGUAAAGUUACGGUGAUUAAACAAUCGCGGGUGUGUGUAUGUGUGUGUGUUUUGCAAACGUUUUUCUCAUUACGUUUACGACGAUCACGAAUCUUUCGCUUGUGUGAAAAUUACUGUAAAGUAAAUCGGACCGUGAGCCCGGUCGCGGAAGAGUGUCGCGAUGACUAUUCACAAGAAAAGCGUUGUAUCAAAGACAAAGAAUAAGGGGACUGCGAAGAAUGAAGUGGCGACUACAUCCUCGGACGUCGUGACGACCACGGAGACGGUCGAGGUUGUAUCCUCGACCAGCAUGGUCGAGGAGUCGAAACAAGUAACGGAGAGCGAAGCCAGAAGUAGCACGACAGAGGUCACGAGCUCCAGUCGCGAGAUCAUCAUGGAUUCCAAAGGUAACGUAAUCAAAGUUAUCGAAACAUCUCCGCAGACGGUUCAGCAGAGCAAGUCCAAUUAUAAGACCGGGAAGAGUUCUCAGGACUUUAUAGCCGGAGAACAGACGCAAUCGAUUAAGCAAGCGAAGACGAUGCGCGAGAUUCCACGCGAGGAUGCGAAAUCUCUCUCGGAAAGUCGUAUUGUUCGAGGAGAAUCGUCUGAACGGAUCAACCAAUCCGUACAGAUGCAAACUCAAAGCGAAUCUCGCUCGACGGCUCAACAAUCCAUCUCCUCGAGUACAUUAACCGAGAAUUUAUCGACGAGCGGGGAUCACAGCGGACAUCGUCGAUCCACCGUCGUGGACGUCAGAAACAGGGAUCACGUUCCUGUAAUCCAAACGUCACGAACGACCGAGAAUACUCGCGCGAGCAGCGAAACGUGCGAGACGGUAACGAAAGACGGCCAGACAGUGUCAAAUAAAACGAGAAUUCGCGAGACCGGGGAGAGAAUCGAUGACAACGGUAAGGAGGUGUCCACAUCGAGUCGGGAGGUUGACAGCGAGCGUACGAUUGCACCUUCCAACGUGACAGUAAUUAAAAGUAUCGACGAUACCGUUAAUAAGAACGCGCGCGGCGCCGAUUCGAAAUCGACGAAUUCAAACGUCGAUAUAUCGACUCGCUGUUACAAGCCCGGUCAAUCCGCGUGGGACGGCACGUUCGUCUACGAGAAGCCCGCCACUCCUAGAGGUAAGAAUGUCGUCGACAAAACGGUAUCCGUGAGUUCGAAAGUUCACGGUGACGCGCGGGAUAGCGAAACGAGCGUUAAAGUCACUCAAGAGACCUCCGCCACCGAGGAGGUUAUCGAUCAAGUAUCAUCCUCGAGCACGACCGUGAUACGAGAUUCGAAAACGGUCAUCGACGAAGGUCAACUGUCCGCGACGACUCGUCUUCGCGAUACCGUAUCUUCGGAGAAAGUCGCCGCGGACACGACAGAUUUUGCCGGAAAAGAGAAACAUUCGAAAGGACCGGUUCGUUACUCGAAACUCGGCGAUUCCGCGUGGAACGGGAAUUUCGUCGUGGAGAAAACUACGACGCGGCCAAGACGACGUAACGAAUCCGACACCGUAACAUUCCGCGGAGACAACGUCGCGGAAACGAUCGAGAGAAAAGAUUUUCGCGAAAAGAGCGUGGACGGUACGUACGAGAAGGAGUCGUCCGAGAGCGUGCGCGUCGUAAAAGGUGCCACGGAUAGCACCAGAUUCAUUUCCGAAGAGCGACGUGACGUAAGUAGAGAAAGUUCGUCUCGUGUCGACGAUGCGAGCAGGGAAGAAUAUCCUGCUCGCGUAUCCAGUCCGUCUUAUCGAAGGAUCGCCAGACCCGAUGACUUUGUGUGGAACGGUGAAUUUGUUAACGAAAAACCAGGACAAGACGAUGCGAGAAAACGUUCUCCCACGGACGUCACUGUCGUUCGACGAACGGAGAAACAUCACGACUCCGUGGACGUUCAAGAUGUCACCGAAGAACAGAACGUAUCCGAGUCAGUUUCGUCUUCCUACAUCGUCGAAUACGCGAUCUCCAACGACAAGAAGAAUGUCGAGAAGGUUACAUCGGUGUCCGAGGUGAUUCUGGAGGAAGACGUUACUGAAGAUAGAACGAUGCGUGGUCCUGGAAGUCUCGAGAGACAGUCGAAACGAGACGCUGAUUCGCGCUGCUAUAAACCUGGCCAAUCCACCUGGGACGGUACCUUCGUCUACGAACGACCGAAGACGCCUGAUAGUCGCCGAAAGCCGGAAGACAAGCGAACAGUGAAGACUGUCGAUAUUCGAGAUGUUACGGAAGACAACUCGAUCAACGAGGCCGAUGUGACGAGUACCUCUUACAUCGUCGAACAUUCAUCGAGUCAGCAGAGCUUCUCGGACGUCAAGGAUGCCAGUCUCACGUCCACGAUUUACGAGACAGUCGUUUACGAGGGACGUCCUGUUGAAAUGACGAUCCGAUUCGACAAAGAUACAUCUCGAAGCCAAGUUUCGAAUGUCGAGGAACGUCAACCUAGUCCCUCUCCACGUCUUACAAGUCCUGAGAAGACGCCCAAGGAGAGAGAUCUACGAAGUACCAAGCCCGGAUCGUCCACGUGGGACGGAACCUUCGUGCUGGAAAAGUCGCAAGAGAUGAAACGACCACCUAGUAGAGAAUCCACUGACGGCAGACCAUCGGAAAAAUCUCGUCCAGUUGACAGCAAAGAGACAUCCGUGGCUACGUCGAAGAAACAUGUCAGCGAGACUAACGUCGAUCUUCGAAACGUCACACAGGACAUAUCUAGCACGUCAGAGAUUUACACAGGGAGUUACACGGAUUCGUCGAAUCUCGAUUUCUCGACGACUUCCGUCGAAACUGUCAUCAUUCGCGAUAAUCAACCAGUAACGACGCAGAAAACGGUGACUACUAUUCAAGAAAGGCCGACGAAGAGGCCGUCUGCUGAUGAUGUAAUCGUCGACGUUAAGAAAAGUACUGUUAAAAGUCCCGAGAAGAAGAAGGAGCCUCGUACGGACGACAGAAGUUAUCGACCUACGAAACCAGGCUCGUCGACGUGGGAUGGAUCGUUCGUGUACGAGAAAUCAGAGGAGAAGAGAAAGAUACCGAAAGAUAUUGGAAUUGAUAAACGUAGUCCGACUAAAGAAAAACCGGUCGACGUUACCGAUCGCAAAACAGUUACAAUAUUAGAUACAUCGAAGGAUACAACGAGCAUUGCCGAUUAUUCUACGAGCUCUACCACCGUCGAACAAACCUUCGUUUCUGAUUCAAAGACCGAAUCAAAGACAUAUGACAUAUCGAAAACUUUCAUCGAGGAAGAUAAAGUGCACGCGAUCGAUUACGAAAGACCAAGACAGCCUGUUGACGAGAAGCCUAAACCGUCGCCGCGACAGCGUCCGGAGGAUGCCAAGAAGCCUGGAGAUGAAGAACCGCGGAAGAGUCCUACGGAUAGAACGUAUCGACCGUCCAAGCAAGGCGCCUCCACUUGGGACGGAUCUUUCGUAUACGAGAAACCGAAAGAGAAACCGAAAGAUAGGAAGGUAGCGAAAGAGCCUCUCGAAAUUACGGAUAAGCAGAGUCCGAUUAAAGAAAAACCGAGUGACGUCACUGAUUAUAGAACAUCUGUCACGAAACUCGAUACUUCGAGGGACGUAACAAGUGUUGCCGAUUAUUCUACGAGCUCUACCACUGUCGAACAAACUUUUGUCACCGAUUCAAAGACAUAUGACAUAUCGAAAACUUUGAUCGAGGAGAGCACGGAGGAUAAAGUGUACGCGAUCGAUCACGAGAGACCGAGACAGUCUAUCGACGAGAAGCCUAAACCGUCGCCGCGACAACGUCCGGAGGAUGCCAAGAAGCCUGAAGAUGAAGAACCGCGAAAAAGUCCGCUGGAUAGAACGUAUCGACCGUCGAAGCCAGGCGCCUCUACGUGGGACGGUUCCUUCGUGAACGAAAAACCGCAAGACUCGCGAAAGAAACCAACAGGCGAAGAAGCGAUCGAGAAGCCGAGAAAAUCGCCAGAUAAGAAACCGGAGUCGACUCCGAUCUCCGGAAAAAAGCCUGAUGAGAAGACAUCGCGACGAGAUGUCACCGAAAGCCGAUAUAUCGAAGACAUCACCGAUAUCACGCGCGAGGAUGUCACGCGCACGUCCGAAGAGGUGCAGCGAUCCUCUUACGUAAUCGAUCAGUCUUCAAGUUUUACUUCCGUGCAAGACGAGCGUGUCAUCACUGAAUUUACUACCGACGCGCGCAAGGAUGUGAGAGAUGUCACCGAGUCAACGAAGGAAUUUAUCGACAAAGAGCAGGUGACUAGCAUGGUAGCGCGGGAUGUCGUCGAUGACACCCGAUUCGAUGCCGUCACGGGUCCGGUACCCCAAUCUCCAACGAGUUCCACGAAGAAGCCGUCGCCGGAGCGGCCCGGUUAUCCUCGUGGAAUACCUGGACUUAGGGAGGACGAUCGAUCGAAACAAAUUCCCGCCGCUGGAAAGCCCAGUCGACCUCCGCAGCGCGAGAAAAGUCCUCAGCGACCGGCAGAAGAUGACAGACCUACCAAAGUCCGUCCAAAGUCGCCUGAGAAACUUCGUGAUUAUACAUCGCCGACUAGAAAACCACAACCAGCGGCUGGCAAGCCAAGUUGGCCUGCGGAGAAGCCCGGAAAGCCGACAAGACCGGAACAAGAUGACAAGCCGAAACGAGGAGAUCAAAUUCCAGAUUCUCUCGACGAGGACGCCGACGGCCCUAGACCGAUGCCGGAUAUACUAUCGAAAAUCCCCUUGAAGGAACAGUGUAUUUGCGAGCUUUGUACUUGCGGACGUCAUCGCUGCCCGCACAACUUGCCUCAAGAACAGUUCGAGUUUCCUUACGAGAAACCGGUGCAUACGGUGACUUCCUAUCGCCAGGAUUAUGAUGAAAAACGCGUGGAGAAGCAAACGAAAUAUUAUCAUGAGGAUCAUUUGCAUACAGAAGGCGAGUUUAUCGGACAGAGGCGAGCCGAUUAUGUGGCUAUUAAAGGCGAGAGAGCACCGGUUAAAAAGCCACAAGAUCAUCUGAAACCUGAGGGUGAAUUCGUCAAAAGACCAAAAGAGGAGACACCUACGAAGGGUGAGAGAGCACCUGUAAAAAAGCCACAGGCUAGCUUGAAGCUCGAAGGAGAUUUUGAUACUACAACAACAACAGAGUUAGUCUUCACCGGUACUCCUGGCGAACGACCGACUCCAAUACGUCGCAAUACGUAUACAAAGAUAGAGGGUGAUUUCGUUGAUGAAACGACGACGCGGUCCCAAUAUAUCGAUCAUCACAAUAUUCAACGCGCUGAGAUCAUCAAACGAACAGAUAACCUCACCGUGGGAGAGGGUGAAUUCACUGGUACCUCUCAUAUAAAGGAGGAUUUCCAAACUCAUGUUAUUGAGCGCGAACCUCAGUGGCGACCGAAAUACCCUGAAGACGUCGAUCGGUUCUACAGCAAAACUGAUAUCACGGACAGCACUACAACCACUCAAGAGCAAUAUCGUAGUUUCGAUCAGACGGAUUACAAAAGCACUAUUGUUGUAAGAAGAGCUGACAAUUUGAGACCCGAAGGACCCUUCGAAGCAUUACCUCACACGAAAGAUGAUUAUAUUACGCCGAUAUUGUCACGCAGACCGGAAAUACAGAAACCUAAAGAUAAUUUAAAACCAGAGGGACCGUUCGAAGGACGCCCCAAAGAUGAUUAUACACCAACCAGAGGAGAACGCGCGGAUGUUAAACGCCCGGAAGAUAAUUUACGGCCAGAAGGUCCUUUCGAAGGCCGACCUAAAGAUGAUUAUUCACCUAAACGCAGCGAACGUCCGGAAGUAAAACGGCCAGAAGAUAACUUACGUCCCGAAGGACCUUUUGAAGGCCGACCUAAAGAUGAUUACCGACCAACAAAAGGCGAACGAGCUGAUGUUAAACGUCCUAAAGAUAAUUUAAAACCAGAGGGACUGUUUGAAGGACGUCCCAAAGAUGAUUAUACACCAACCAGAGGAGAACGCGCGGAUGUUAAACGCCCGGAAGAUAAUUUACGGCCGGAAGGUCCUUUCGAAGGUCGACCUAAAGAUGAUUACAAACCUACCAGAGGAGAACGCGCUGAUGUUAAACGACCCAAGGAUAAUUUGAGACCAGAGGGACCGUUCGAAGGACGUCCUAAAGAUGAUUAUUCACCUAAACGCGGCGAACGCCCUGAAGUAAAACGACCAGAAGAUAACUUACGUCCCGAAGGACCUUUUGAAGGCCGACCUAAGGAUGAUUAUCGACCAACUAAAGGCGAACGAGCUGACGUUAAACGUCCUCAAGAUAAUUUAAAGCCAGAGGGACCGUUCGAAGGACGUCCCAAAGAUGAUUAUACACCAACCAGAGGAGAACGCGCGGAUGUUAAACGCCCGGAAGAUAAUUUACGGCCAGAAGGUUCUUUCGAAGGCCGACCUAAAGAUGAUUACAAGCCUACCAGAGGAGAACGUGCUGAUGUUAAACGACCUGAAGAUAACUUAAAACCAGAGGGACUAUUCGAAGGACGUCCUAAAGAUGAUUAUUCACCUAAACGCGGCGAACGCCCUGAAAUAAAACGGCCAGAAGACAACUUACGUCCCGAAGGACCUUUCGAAGGCCGACCUAAGGAUGAUUACCGACCAACUAGAGGCGAGCGAGCUGAUGUUAAACGUCCUCAAGAUAAUUUAAAGCCAGAGGGACCGUUCGAAGGACGUCCCAAAGAUGAUUAUACACCAACCAGAGGAGAACGCGCGGAUGUUAAACGCCCGGAAGAUAAUUUACGGCCAGAAGGUUCUUUCGAAGGCCGACCUAAAGAUGAUUACAAGCCUACCAGAGGAGAACGUGCUGAUGUUAAACGACCUGAAGAUAACUUAAAACCAGAGGGACUAUUCGAAGGACGUCCUAAAGAUGAUUAUUCACCUAAACGCGGCGAACGCCCUGAAAUAAAACGGCCAGAAGACAACUUACGUCCCGAAGGACCUUUCGAAGGCCGACCUAAGGAUGAUUACCGACCAACUAGAGGCGAGCGAGCUGAUGUUAAACGUCCUCAAGAUAAUUUAAAGCCAGAGGGACCGUUCGAAGGACGUCCCAAAGAUGAUUAUACACCAACCAGAGGAGAACGCGCGGAUGUUAAACGCCCGGAAGAUAAUUUACGGCCAGAAGGUUCUUUCGAAGGCCGACCUAAAGAUGAUUACAAGCCUACCAGAGGAGAACGUGCUGAUGUUAAACGACCUGAAGAUAACUUAAAACCAGAGGGACUAUUCGAAGGACGUCCUAAAGAUGAUUAUUCACCUAAACGCGGCGAACGCCCUGAAAUAAAACGGCCAGAAGACAACUUACGUCCCGAAGGACCUUUCGAAGGCCGACCUAAGGAUGAUUACCGACCAACUAGAGGCGAGCGAGCUGAUGUUAAACGUCCUCAAGAUAAUUUAAAGCCGGAGGGCCCGUUUGAAGGACGUCCUAAGGAUGACUUCAUUCCGAAGACAGCGGAACGCCCUGAUAUAAAGCGACCGAAAGACAAUUUACGACCUGGAGGUGAUUUUGUAGAUCGUCCUAAAGAUCAAUAUACGCCUGGUGAGAGACGUACGCCAAUUAAACAUGCGGAUAAUUUGUAUCCUGAAGGCGAUUUCGAAAGACCUGAGUCAAUACCUUAUGGUCCCGGUGACAGAGCUGAUGUUAAACGUCCUCAAGAUAAUUUAAAGCCAGAGGGCCCGUUUGAAGGACGUCCUAAGGAUGACUUCAUUCCGAAGACAGCGGAACGCCCUGAUAUAAAGCGACCGAAAGACAAUUUACGACCUGGAGGUGAUUUUGUAGAUCGUCCUAAAGAUCAAUAUACGCCUGGUGAGAGACGUACGCCAAUUAAACAUGCGGAUAAUUUGUAUCCUGAAGGCGAUUUCGAAAGACCUGAGCCAAUACCUUAUGGUCCUGGUGACAGAGCAUCUAUCGUACGUCAUCCUGACAAUCUAUUUCCAAUAGGAGAAUUUCCAGACAGAAAAGUCGAGCCUUUUAAACCGGCCGAACGUAGAACUCCUAUUAAAUACAACGAUAAUCUUCGUCCAGAAGGUGAUUUCAUAGGAAGGCCUAAGGAUGAUUAUAAACCAACUAGAGGAGAACGUGCCGAUGUCAAGAGACCGGAAGACAAUCUGAAACCAGAAGGACCAUUCGAGGGUCGACCAAAGGACGAUUAUAGCCCUAAGAGAGCCGAGCGUCCAGAAGUAAAAAAACCACAAGAUAAUUUAAAACCAGAAGGACCUUUCGAAGGGCUACGACCUAAAGAUGAUUACAAGCCAACUAGAGGCGAACGUGCUGAUGUCAAACGGCCCGAGGAUAACCUAAAACCAGAAGGACCUUUCGAAGGACGACCGAAAGAUGAUUAUAAGCCGAGUAAAGGAGAGCGUGCGGAUGUUCGGCGUCCAAAAGACAACUUACGAUCUGAAGGGCCGUUCGAAGGUCGUCCAAAAGAUGAUUACUCGCCCAAACGUGCCGAACGUCCCGAGGUGAAACGUCCGGAAGACAAUCUACGUCCCGAGGGCGACUUCGAACGACCAGAGAAAGUACCUAUUGGUCCAGCAGAAAGACGUAGCCCGAUUAAACAUUCAGAUAAUCUUAAACCCGAAGGCAAAUUUAUUGGUAAGCCGAAAGAAGAUUUUACACCUACGAGAGGUGAGCGCGCGGAUGUUAAAAGACCGAUAGAUAAUUUGAAACCGGAAGGUCCAUUUGAAGGCCGGCCGAAAGAUGACUAUCGACCGAUGCGAGGAGAACGCAUGGAUAUUGUUAAGCGCACGGAUAAUCUGCGUAUGGAAGGAGACAUAGAAACAUACAGAUCGAGAGAUGAGUACAUUGAUUUCUUGAUACGCGAAAAAACCGAAAUUACUAAAUAUCAAGACAACUUACGUAUGGAAGGUGAAUUCAUCGAUACGAGAACGCGAGAUGAUUUCAAAAUCGUUAAAGGCGAACGUGUAGACAUUGUUAAACAUCGUGAUAAUUUAAAACCUGAAGGUCCGUUUGAAGGCCGCCCGAAGGAUGAUUUCUCGCCCAAGAAAGCAGAAAGGCCUGAAAUUAAAAAACCAAAAGAUAAUUUAAAACCAGAAGGCGAUUUUGUACGCCGACCCAAGGAAGAAGCACCGACAAAAGGCGAGAGAGCUGACGUCAAAAAACCGAAAGACAGUUUACGGCCGGAAGGAGAUUUUGAGAGACCCGAGAAGACUCCGAUCGGUCCAGCAGAGAGGCGUUCUCCGAUUAAACAUGCUGAUAAUUUGAAACCAGAGGGCGAGUUCGUGAAGAGACCUAAACCUGAAGAAUUUAAACCUGCGGAGAAACCAAUUAUAAAGAAACCGCACGAUAACUUGAAACCAGAGGGCGAGUUCGAGAAGAGGCCUAAACCUGAAGAAUAUAAACCUGCGGAGAAAGCAAUUAUAAAGAAACCGCGCGAUAACUUGAAACCGGAAGGCGAGUUUGUUUCUAGACCGAAAGAAGAAGCGCCGAAGAAAGGUGACAGAGCUGAUGUCAAGAAACCGAAAGACAAUCUUAUACCCGAGGGUAAUUUUGAAAGGCCGGAAAAAAAACCGAUUGGUCCCGCUGAGAGACGUUCUCCGAUUAAACAUCCGGAUAAUUUGAAACCGGAAGGAGAAUUUGAACGGCCGAAAUACGAAGAAUAUCAUCCAGCAGAAAGACCUCAAGUAAAGAAACCAUCCGAUAAUUUGCGUUCGGAAGGUGAUUUCGAAAGACCGGAGAAAACGUCGAUUGGUCCAGCGGAAAGAAGAACUCCGAUCAAGCACCCGGACAACUUGAAGCCAGAAGGAAAGUUUGUAGGCAAGCCUAAGGAAGAAGCUCCAAAAAGAGGAGAUAGAAUGGAUGUUAAGAGACCUGAAGAUAAUCUUAAGUUUGAAGGAGACUUUGAGAGACCCGAGAAAAUUCCAAUCGGACCGUCCGAGCGACGAACGCCUAUCAAGCAUCCUGAUAAUUUGCGGCCUGAGGGUGAGUUUGAAAAACGUCCAAAGGAAAAAACACCUCUCAAAGGCGAAAGGGCAGAUGUUACCAGACCGAAAGAUAAUUUGCGUUCGGAGGGUGAAUUUGAGAGGCCUCAGAAAUCGCCAAUCGGACCAGCUGAACGGCGGAUGCCGAUUCGACACGACGACAAUCUACAUCCGGAGGGUGAAUUCGUUGGACGACCAAAGGAUGACUUUACUCCCAAACGGACUGAUCGACCGAUCCAGAAGAAGCCCAAGGACAACUUGAAGCCUGAAGGAGAAUUUGUAGGUAAACCGAAAGAUGAUUACAAACCGAUGAAAGGAGAGAGAACCGAAAUUGUGAUGCAUCGAGACAACUUGAAGAUGGAAGGCGAUAUAGACGUUUACCGAUCACGAGACGAUUAUGUGAUCACUUCUAAACGCGAGCGAGUGGACAUUGUUCAACACGAGGAUAAUCUAAAGAUCGAAGGUGAAUUUGUCGAUAUUCAUCGACGAGACGAUUACCGAGCCACACGUGGCGAACGUAGCAAAAUUAUCAGACACGAAGAUAAUCUUCGCUCCGAGGGUGAUUUUGUGUGUGAACGUCCGGAAAAGGCACCGAUAGGUCCGGCCGAGAGAAGAUCUCCCAUCAAACAUCCCGACAACUUGAAGCCAGAAGGUGAUUUUGUGCAGCGGCCAAAGGAACACGCACCUACUAGGGGAGACCGAGCAAUCAUCAGAAAGCCUAAGGAUAAUUUGAAGUCCGAGGGUGAAUUUGACAGACCAACGAAAUCGCCCAUUGGUCCCGCUGAACGGCGAUCGCCCAUCAAGCAUCCCGACAACCUUCAUCCGGAGGGAGAAUUUGUCGGUCGACCGAAGAAAGACACGCCAUUGAAGGGUGACCGAGCGGAUGUGAAGAAACCGAAGGAUAAUCUUCAUCUCAAAGGAGAAUUCGCGAAACGUAUCCCGAAGAAGGUGGAACCAGCCGAGCGAAGAACGCCGAUCAAACACGAGGACAAUCUACAUCCCGAAGGAGACUUCUAUAUCAUGCCUAAGGACGAUUUCAUUCCGAAGAGAGGAGAUCGUUCGCCGGUUAAGAAACCCCAGGAUAAUCUUCGCCCCGAAGGUGAGAUGGAAGUGUCUCCGAAGGAUGAUUACAAGCACGUAAAUGGAGAACGCGUGGAAGUGCGGCGACGCGAAGAUAACUUACGUAUGGAGGGAGAGAUGGACAUUCAUCGUUCGAGAGAUGAUUAUAAGAAAAUUACAAAAGUAGAGAAAGUAGAUGUUAAGAGACACGAGGAUAAUCUCAGAAUGGAGGGCGAAUUUAUCGAUGUGCGUCGCAAAGACGAUUACGUACACGUGAUUUGUGAACGCAUGCCAAUUAAGAAGCAUUCAGACAACCUCCGUCCGGAAGGAGACUUUGACAGAUACGAAAAAACCGUUGUCGGCCGCGGAGAAAGAAGAUCGCCGAUCAAACAUCCGGAUAAUCUCAAGCCAGAGGGUGAUUUCGAACGUAGAAUCACCACGGAUAAAGUUGGUCCCGGUGAACGACGGACACCGAUUCGUCACGCCGAUAAUUUGAAGCCUGAAGGUGACUUUAUUGGACGCCCGCGCGACGACUUCACACCUAAAAGGACGGAAAGGACCGAAGUUGUGAGGAGAGAAGAUAAUUUAAAGAUGACGGGCGAUUUCGAAGAUACAACGUCUCAUAGAUCGACCUACACAGUCGUACGUGGCGAACGCGCGGACAUCAAGUCGCACGAGGAUAACUUGAAGAUCAACGCCGGCACUAUGGAAACGAAAACGACUACCCGAGAUACUUACACACCCUCUAAACAGGAACCUUCUCCCGCUGAUAAAAUAGUGAAUCGUCGAAAACAUAUGGAAUCGUCUAUUUCGCUUGGUGACGACACUACUGUGAUGACUACGACGAAUCGACGUAACUACAACACCUAUACGAAGCGUACAGGAAAAGACAUUGCUGCUAAGAUGAGUCAGAUGGAGUCCGACGCGAGAAAAACCGUGGAAUCGCAAACUCUGACAGACGGAACGGUUAUUGCAACCAUAAAACGGACUACAACCUCCGCUCAGUCCGAUCAAAGAGUCGCCAAUGCCCAAACUAUCACUCAUCAACAACAAACACAACGUGUUACCGAUCAUCGUACCCCCCAACCGAUUGAGGGAUCUGGACCGCAGCCUGUUGAUUCGCGAAAAACUACAUCCAGUCAGCAUCACGAACAGCAUCAGAGAAUGCAUUUAAACGAGCAACAUCUGCGAUCGCAAAAUAUGACGCAGACUCGUCGAACGGUCGAGGACAGAUCGAUCACGGAAGGACUAAAUCACCGAGGGCAGAUCGCACGAGGAGAAGAUACAUCUCGUUAUGCGAUCGACGCUGUGCACGGCGAACAUCACAGACAGCAACAUCAGCACAUCGAGCGUCAUCAUCAGGAAGUGAGUAAACGCGAUUACGUAAACAUGCAACACAUGGAAAGUCGGCAGAGAUCUGCGACGAGACAGCAGCACGAGCAGCACACCAUCUCCAAUCAAGCACAAUAUAAUUCGAGCAGUCCGGAAUUCCGGCGGACGAUCAAUGGGCAAACGAUCGUGGAACAUUCGCACGUCGAUUCGGCCAAGAAGAUUGGUCAUCAUCGCAAGAACGUGAUAUCCUCCUCGUCGGCUGAUGUCAAUAAUGCAGUGCUUUGUCGUAAUGGUGGCGUCACUACGUCUACCGAAGCGCUUCACACGAUCUCGUCGACGGCGGCUGAUCAGCGAAAAAGUAUUUCGAACCUGGCCGAGAGCGGACAGUACAUCAGCAAUUCGAGCCACAGCAAUGAUAGACGUAGCUUGACCUCGCUACAUCGUAGUUCUAAGGAGGUAAAUCCUUGGGCCUCCUCCAGCUACGAACGCCCGCAGAAAAUCGUGCGACAUGACAACCUGACUGUUGGCGGAAAGUUCUAUUCGCAGAGCGAAGCGAAGAGUUAUGGUAACUUCUCGCAGAGUUCUCAGAAAGUGGAACGAGUACAGAGGCAAACGAAUGCAUCUCAUAUUAAUUUAGGCGACGACAGUGUCGUCAAUUCUAGCAUGUACAAGAGAGAAUACGUUCCUAGGCAUAGGGGACCGUGUCCAGCCACUCUUUUAGAAGCAAAACAGGCGCCCUUCAAGCAUACCAGAGACACACAGAAACACAAGUUUUACAUGCCCGUUGUAUCCAAUUAAAUUGGCUUAUUAAAAUUUAAUGUUUUAUUCAAUUUUCCAGAAAUAUUAUGCUUUUAUUAAUGCAUUCUGAUAUUAAAGCUUUUCUUGCAAAAAUGGUUAUAUUUAUAUAUAAUAUAUAAAUAUCCAUUAUAUAGCAUAUACAUAUAGUUUUCUGGAAGCUCUAUUUUGUUAUAUUGACUAUAUUGGGUAUAUAAAGAUAUAGAAAAUACUUAAUAAUU